GGACAUAGUCUGAGUCCUUCCCAGCUCUGCUUCCUCUAACCAGUGUGGGUGUCCCUCCCUGUCCAGGUGAUGGUGUGGAUCCACGGAGGUGGUCUGGUGAUGGGCGGGGCCUCAACCUAUGAUGGCGUGGCCCUCUCUGCCCAUGAAAACGUGGUGGUGGUGACCAUUCAGUACCGUCUGGGCAUCUGGGGAUUCUUCAGCACAGGGGACGAACACAGCCGGGGGAACUGGGGUCACUUGGACCAGGUGGCCGCGCUGCGCUGGGUCCAGGACAACAUCGCCAACUUUGGAGGGAACCCAGGCUCUGUGACCAUCUUUGGAGAGUCGGCGGGAGGUCGAAGUGUCUCUGUUCUUAGUCACCCCUUCAUGCCCACAGUGGUGGAUGGCGUGCUGCUGCCCAAAACCCCCGAAGAGAUUCUGGCCGAGAAGAAUUUCAACACUGUCCCCUACAUCGUCGGCAUCAACAAGCAAGAGUUUGGCUGGAUCAUCCCAACGAUGAUGGGCUAUCUGCAUUCUGAAGGCAAACUGGACCAGAAGACGGCCACGUCACUCUUGUGGAAGUUGUACCCCGUUGUUGGCAUCCCUGAAGAGCUGACUUCGGUGGCCACUGAGGAGUAUUUAGGAGGAACAGAGGACCCUGUCAAAAAGAAAGACCUGUUCCUGGACUUGCUUGGAGAUGUCUUACUUGGUGUCCCAUCUGCAAUUCUGGCCCAACGGCACAGAG